AACAAGAGAAUCUUCCCAAACCUCUCUUUAUUCGAUUCUCCGAGACCAAAAAAACAUAUAACUACUCUCACCAUGCCGGAGAAAUAUCGCCGUACAAAGGCUCUGACGGUCACUAUCCUCACGGCGAUGACGUUUCUCGCGUUUCCAAUGAUCAUCAACGCUUCAGAUUCAUCAACCAAUUAUAGAAAACUCGAAGAGGAUCCAAUAAAAUGCACACCUUGUCUCCAAAACAUUCCUCCUCCACCGCCAUCACCUCCACCGCCGUCUCCAGCUUGUCCUCCACCACCACUGCCUCCUUCUCCGCCGAAGAAGUCUUAUUGUCCACCACCUCCGUCCACUUACAUAUACAUGACUGGUCCACCAGGAGAGUUGUAUCCCAUUGAUCAGCAGUUUGGAGCGGCUGCUGCAAAAAGGUUCACGGCGGUGAAGAUUUCAGGACUGAUAGCGUUUGGAGUUAUGAGUUUCUUGAUGAUUAUGAAUUGAUGUUGUUUCGUUGACUCGUUGUUUAUCGUUUCAUAGAUUCGUUUACUUUUAACGGAUUGGUAUAUGUUGUUCACAUAACUCUUAAUUAAUGAUUACACGAUAAAUUAUCGAUUGUGCA